AUGGUUGCAUCAGAUGUGCAGACCGCUUAUCCGGACUUGUCGGCUGAAUUAAAGGUGAAUAUGGCACACCAGCGGGACGCAUUUUUGGUACGCUGUGGUGAUAGUGUUGAAACAGAAACUGAUGCGGUGGGCAGCUGAUUUGUUAUUGGAUAUUCGGAAAUCAGACUUGAUUUCUUCCGCUUUCUAAAGCAGGUCGGCGUUUUGGUAAUUCUUGAUAAUGUGAUUGCCUUUCUCAAGCAAGGUGCCGAUGAAAAAUUGAGCAAGGUUAGCUGGAAACCAAAACAAAAUUUGGUUAUUACUGAAGCCAAUUCAUAUUAUAAGAUCAUGCUUCCGAAAAUGACCGAUUAA